CCCGAAGCGACGAGACAUAUUAAGAAUUAGAAACGGAGAACCAUGAAGACGACUUCGGUGCUAACUUUUGUGGUGAUGAUGCUCGGAGUGGCACUGAGCUUGGUUUGGGCCGGCGCCGAUGAUGGCUACCUUUAUGACCAGCCAUCGGGUGAACAACUCCAGGAACUCCAGGUGAUCACUCCCCCCAGGAAGCCUCGGCUAAAGCCACGUGUCUACCCAGGGCACCCAUCCCAGGCUUGCGGAAACGUGGAGGCGGCGGAUCAUGCCGCUGCCCUGACCACCUACCAUGCCAAUCGCCCCCAGCCGCGUCGCAUUUACAAACACCAGGAAGUCCAGGUGGACAGCUCGUUCUUUGAGCCCUCGCCGGAUCGGAUCGAGGAACUCAAGCGGAUUCUCUUGGAUCAACAAUGAAAUGUGGUUUUACUUA